AUGAAAAAAAUAGCAGUUAAAAUUAGUAAACUGGCACAGUAUUUCUCCUAAGUUCUGAAUCCACAACCAAAAACAUUGCCACCAACAGCCCUUUUGGCGGCAUUGAAGUUGCCUCUGUAAUUAAUUAUUAAAAUUAGAUUUAUUUAUUUAUUUAUUAUUUUUUACAAAACAAAGAAACAGAGAUUGAGAUUUCCGCGACGGAGGGAAGGAGGAAGAAGAAGGCGAUGGCGAGUUUGUUCGUAGGUCUCAUCACCUUCUUCGUCCUCAUAGCUCUUCUCGCCCUUUUAGGUUAUCAGCUGAUGUGUUUUGCGGAUUUGGAAUUUGAUUACACUGACCCUUUAAUUGAUUCGGCGGCACGGAUAAACAAGGUUGUCGUGCCGGAGUUCGUAGUACAAGCUGUUUUCUGUUUUGUGUGUAUAGCGACAGGGCAAGGUUUUUUGUGUUUCAUGUCUCUCCCGAAUUUACACUAUAAUUUCAAAUUGUAUAGAUCAAAAAGGCACUUGGUUGAUGUAACUGAGAUCUUUAAUAAGCUGAACUCGGAAAAGAAGCAACGACUUAUUAAAUUUGGAUAUGUUAUACUCAUUUUUGUUGUUUUUCUAUCUAGGUUGCUUUGUACUGUAGGAGUUGAUGAUUGUUAAAACAGAGUUUGGUGAAUAAUUCCACCAAUGUAA